UUUCUCAACGAAAACAAUGUCAGACAAAUACCACUACUGUAACAAUAAAAACCUCUACAAUAUCUCAUGAACUGCUUAACGGAUGUUCAUCUCACUUGGAUAGAAGUAAGGUCAAAAUGUACAGGUUCGUGAUCAAGCGUUCAACAAUGAUGGGAAACUUUGACUGGUUCCUAUCACUAGUAAAAAGAUGACGUCUAAGUCAAUAUCGUGGUACUAUAUUUACAGUCUUGUUUUUUAAGAAUAUGCUAUGGAUGCAAGGCACAAGAAGAUACUGAUCAGGAAUUGCCAUACAUUGUGGAUCAGGUGAACCCCCAGCAGUUGCUUAUAUACCUGCCAUGUUUAUCACAGUAUAGUAAGGAAGAGAUAGAGACUGCACAGAAUUCAAAGUCUAGGGCAUAUGCAGCUCAAAUGUUGCACAAUCACCUGAUAAAAAGACCAGACGGAUUUCAGCAGUUUGUUUUUGCACUGAGACAUCCGAGUGUUGGCUGUACAGAACUUGCCGAUCGCCUGGAUCCAGAUCAUUUGAUUGGUUCGUUGCCCGAAGAGAUCCUAAGAAUGGAUGAAAAUUCUAUCAGUCUGUACAAGAAAGCAUUGAUGGAGGGAAAGCAAGCAAUAAAUAAUAUUCGUGUGAUGAUAGUUGGACAUUGCGGAGUUGGGAAAACAACGCUUACAAAAAGAUUAUUUGGAGAAACUGUUGAUGUCAAUGAGGAUAUUGCCAGCACGGAUGGAAUUGAUGUACAUAUGAAAAGGUGUAAAGUUCGUCUGACAGAUGCAAACUGGCUGCCAGUCAGUAAAGAAAGUUACCAGGAAACAUUCUACAAUCGCUUUGCGUCUAUGAUAUCAGAAUUUUCAAAGAACUCAGGGUUACAACAAAGUGGUACAGAUGUUAAGAGUUCGGCAAAAGAAAUAAACUUAGACAAAGCCUGCAACAUAAUGAGUGACAAAACAAGCAUAAACAAAAAGCAAGCGGAUGACCUCGAAAACAAACAACAGGAGAACAAAUCUGAAAGUCUAUCUGAUGAAAGGGAGUCAAAUGAAAACAAAAAGGCCACAGAUUUGCACUUAAAGGAGAUAAUUAAGGACAUUAUGAAGCGUUGCACGUCAGAAUUUUCAAAAGACAUUGCUGACCUAUCGGUCUGGGAUUUCGCAGGACAAUAUGUGUUUUAUGGCACACAUCAGAUAUUCUUAUCAAGAAGAGCCAUAUAUUUAUUGGUAACAGACCUCUCUCAGCAAGUGGACAGUGUCGUAGACGAUGACUGCUACAUCGAUUCUAGGGGAGAAACACGAUGUAAAAUUUCAGAUUUUGUUACCUUCUGGCUAAACUCAAUACACACUUUCUGCGCAUCUGGAAUGUCAACAGAACCUCCUGUUAUACUGGUUGGAACAUUUGCAGAUAAGCUGAUUGAGGGAAAGAAGCAGGAAUUAGCAGAUGAGUUUUUUGCCAAGCAUAGACUUAGUUUGGCACAAAGUGAAGCAUUUGUGCACCUCACUGAUGCCGAGUUUAUGCUUGACAACUCAAUCAUUGAUCCAAAUUUAGAAAUGCUGAAGAGAGAAAUAGUUACGACAGCUGCAAAGCAAAGUUAUUGGGAUGAGUUAUACCCAGCAAGAUGGGCUAUACUGGAACGGUCGCUGAUGGAAUUUAAGGAAAGAGGUCACACGGUUUUGGAGAAAAACAUUUUAGAAGAUGCAAACAAGAAUAUGCCUUUACCGAUAGAAACUUCAGAGGAAUUGGAACUUUUCCUGCGAUUUCAUCAUGAAGCAGGAUUCAUCUUGUACUUUAG